AUGACAAUCUCUUAUAAUGGCAGCCUCCAAAAAGCCACUUUCUUUCUAACGGGCUUCCAAGGUCUGGAAGAUCUCCAUGGCUGGAUCUCUAUUCCCUUCUGUUCCAUCUACUUGACAGUUAUUGUAGGAAACCUUACCAUCCUCCACAUCAUCCGUACUGAUGUCACCCUACAUGAACCCAUGUACUAUUUCUUGGCCAUGCUGGCCCUGACAGACUUGGGCCUUUGCCUAUCUACACUGCCCACUGUGUUGGGCAUCUUCUGGUUUGAUGUCAGAGAGAUUGCCAUCCCUGCCUGUUUCACUCAACUCUUCUUCAUCCAUACCCUGUCACUGAUAGAGUCUUCAGUUCUGUUGUCCAUGUCCAUCGACCGCUAUGUGGCCAUUUGCAACCCACUACGUUACUCCACAGUCUUGACACCUGCACGUAUUGUCAAGAUGGGACUGAGCUCAAUGCUUAGAAGUGCCCUGCUCAUUCUGCCCCUGCCAUUCCUCCUAAAACGCUUCCAGUACUGCCGCUCCCAUGUGCUGGCCCAUGCCUAUUGUCUGCACCUAGAGAUCAUGAAGCUGGCCU